CAAGAAAACAAAUAUACUGUUUUAUUUCACUGUCACCAUUUCACUAAAGACCAAAGUGAGUUUCGCUGUUUCGGCAUCUUCAAUGCCGCUCUCUUGAAUAAAACCCUAGAAAUCGUCUCCCUUUUACCUUAAAUAAAACAACUCAACACAAAUAAAGAGUCCAUCGCUUCGGCUUCGAAGAUCAUCCCCCAAAAUCUGUCUUAAUAAAUUAGUCAACAUUCAGCAGAGUCCUGAAUCUGCUAAUCUCAGUUUAUUUUGAGAAAAUAGCUGAAAUUAAUUGAUUGCUUGAAAUGACUGAUAGUAAUCCACCACCCGGAUCACCGAAAGAAAACCCGGAUCCGAAUCCUGAGGCAAACCCAUUUUCCAAUGAUGAUAGCUCAUUAGAAUCCAUAGUUCGAAGGUUUCAGGAUUCAAUGUCCUCAGUAAAGAGACAUAAGUUUUGGGAAACUCAGCCUGUUGGUCAAUUUAAGGAUGUGGGGGACACUAGUUUACCCGACGGAUCUAUCGAGCUGCCAACCCCUUUGUCCGAAGUCAAACAGGAACCUUAUAACCUCCCGAGUCCGUAUGAAUGGACCACAUGCGAUAUGGACUCGGAGGAGACUUGUACCGAGGUUUACAUUCUUUUGAAGAACAACUAUGUUGAGGAUGAUGAGAAUUUGUUUAGGUUCAAUUAUUCCAAGGAGUUUCUUAGGUGGGCUUUACGUCCUCCUGGCUAUUACAAGAGCUGGCACAUUGGUGUCCGAGCUAAGGCUUCGAAGAAGCUUGUUGCUUUCAUUACUGGUGUCCCUGCUAGGAUAAGGGUGCGUAAUGAGAUUGUGAAGAUGGCUGAGAUCAAUUUCUUAUGUGUUCAUAAGAAGCUGAGAUCGAAGAGACUUGCACCGGUGAUGAUUAAGGAGGUUACUAGGAGAGUUCAUUUGGAGAAUAUUUGGCAGGCAGCUUAUACUGCUGGAGUUGUUCUUCCGACACCGAUUACUACUUGCCAGUACUGGCAUAGGUCAUUGAACCCCAAGAAGCUGAUUGAAGUUGGCUUUUCGAGGCUCGGGGCUCGGAUGACUAUGAGUCGAACUAUUAAACUUUAUAAGUUGCCUGAUUCUCCUGUCACCCCUGGAUUCAGAAAAAUGGAGCUUCGUGAUGUCUCGGCUGUAACUAGGUUGCUCAGAAACUACUUGAGUCAGUUCGUUGUUUCUCCAGAUUUUGAUGAGAAUGAUGUGCAACACUGGCUUCUUCCUACGGAAGAUGUCGUGGACAGUUACUUAGUAGAGAGCCCAGAGACACAUGACAUAACUGACUUCUGCAGUUUCUACACACUUCCAUCAUCAAUACUCGGCAACCAAAACUAUUCGAUUUUGAAAGCUGCCUACUCUUACUAUAAUGUCUCCACAAAGACUCCUCUGCUUCAGUUGAUGAAUGAUGCACUUAUCGUUGCUAAGCGAAAGGAUUUUGACGUUUUCAACGCGCUGGAUGUCAUGCACAAUGAAUCUUUCCUCAAAGAACUAAAAUUCGGACCAGGUGAUGGGCAACUUCACUACUACUUGUAUAAUUAUCGGAUACGAAAUGCUUUGAGACCAUCGGAGCUCGGUCUUGUACUCCUAUAGGUACGAAUGUUUCAGCUUUUGAUGCUGAGAUUUUAAUUGCUUAGUCAAAAUACAAUGUUACUGUUGACAAUGCAUAUUGUUCUAUGGACUCCAUUAAUGUUUAAGAUUUUUCUUGUGGUUUA